AUGGCUCUCGUCGAAGCACGGCCGAAGAGCUCGCGUCGAAACGGUCGGGUCGGAGCGUCGAUCGCGCAGGUCGAGCGGCCCGUGUCGCCGCUCUUCGCCGCGUUCCGGGCCGCGGACCUCGCGACGUUCGUGUUCCCGCGGUCGCUCGCCGGCGAGGCCGACUACGUGUUCCGCUACCUGCGGCGGCGGCUCGGGCUCCGCGACGAGGCCCACGCGGCCGCGCUCCGGCGCCGCGUCGACGCGCAGGCGCGGUCCUACGGCGCGCGGCCCGAGACGGCCUACGGCAAGGUCGUCCUCCGGCGCCACGGCUUCGCCGCGUGCUACUUCAACGAGCGCUGGUGGCGCGAGCUCUACGCCGGCGUCCCCCGGGACCAGCUCAGCCUCCUCUUCGCCGCCGGCGCCGCCGAGGCGCGCGCGGGCCUCGCGCGCGCGGCGCUCAACGGCGGGCCCGGCGAGGCCCGGUGCCGCUGCGCCGCGGACGACGCGACCUUCCAGCGCUACUUCGGCCACGCCGGCCCGACGAGCCACCUCGGCGCCAACUGGAAGGGCCGCGGCGGCCCGGGGCGACGCGCGCGCUAG